AUGUCAGAUAUUUUAUUAUUUCGUUCGAAAAAUCCAAGUAUUCAAUCGAAAUUUAUCGGUCAAUUAGAACGCGAAUUCGCCAAUCUUGCUCGAUUGCUAUAUACAACUGAUGUAUCUAGUUCUGUGCUUGAACAAGAAUGUUUACCGUAUAUUGCCAAAAACAUUCUCUUUAAACAUCCUCUGCAAGAAGGAAAUGGCAAAGAACGCUAUAAGUUUAUAAUGAAAGGCUUUCACAACAUGUUUCAUUGUAUUUUUGAUAAAUCUCAAUUAAAUGUGAAGCUGAACGAUGAUGGCAAGACCGGUCGAUGUAUUAUUGACAGUGUCGUUAAUUUAAAACAAUUUUCGUGGCUCUACACAUAUCCAUUGCGUUCCAUCAUCAUUUUUGAAUUUCGUCUAUUGAAUACUCAAAGUAUUGAAGAACCACAAUUCGAAAUCUUUCGGCACGAAGAAAUGUGGUCACUUGCUGAUUUAAUUGAUGCCAUACCUGCCAUUGGAUGGUUUUAUAAAAAUAUCUUUCAUGAUCUGAUUUCUGAAACAGUUAUGAAUAAUGUAGACGAGUUUCCAUCGUGUUUCUAUUGUGCAGGAUAUUACACUCGAUGUUUCGGCGAUCCAAUCUGUCGAAUUUGUCAUGCAUUUAUCUAUCCAUAUGAAAUUGAUCAACAACAAGAGCCCAAUGUUUGUGAAGAUAAAGGUGAAGCAGAUGAUUCGGGAAACGAAGAUACUGAUGAUGGAUAUGCAUGUGCAUCCGGUUCGAGUAGAUCGACUAAAAAGUCUUUAGCGACGUCAGUGACAACAACCAAUACUGAUUCUUCUGCGCAAGCAACAACAUCAAAUACUUCUGUCGUGUCAGCAGCAUCGAAUAAUCGACGAAAUGAUUUAUUAAACGAGCUGUUACUUGAAUUAACAGCAGCAAAUGUGAUAUGGAAUGAUCAUACGUCUUAUUUGAGUCAGUUGCCACCAGAAGUGAUGCUGACAAUAAUGAAAUGCAUGGAUGAUUUGAGUAUAUAUGCAUUAGCUAAAGCUUCGAAUCGCUGGAAACAGUUAGUUGACUCCACGGUUGAUUGGAGACAAUUUAUUCGAACGCGUUGGCCACUUUUCCCGCUGUCGGAUGAUGAUGAUCAAAAGACGAAUCUCAGCCGAAUCUAUGAUCAAUUAAUCCGGAGUUCGAGCUGUUUUAUAUGUUUAAAUGAUACUGGAAUUCGAUUUGAAAGCAACGGACAAAUGCAGCCAACAUUGUGGCGACACCGGCGAUUACAAAGUGAAAUCCGUGCUCUAAGAGACGAUCCACCGGAUGGGAUUCGUGCAGAACCAUUAGACUCAUCUUGUUGUCAUUGGCAUGCUUCCAUUUGGGGUCCUAGCGCAUCACCUUAUGAAGGUGGUGUUUUCUAUUUAUAUUUACAUAUUCCACAAUCUUAUCCAAUGAUUCCUCCUGUUGUACGAUUUAUUACAAAAAUUUUUCAUCCAAACAUAAAUAUUCAUGGUGAUAUUGGUUUAGAUUCGUUUGGUUCCAAUUGGAGUCUAGCUCUAACCAUAUCGAAAGUCUUAAUAUCCGUUCAAUCUUUGCUGAGCGAUCCUUACGCACAUAUCUGUAUGAAUCGACAAGCCGCAGAUUUAUAUACGAAUAAUCGUGAGCAAUACGAGCAAAAAGCGCGUCAAUGGACAUGGGCAUAUGCAAUGCACGACUAUAUCAAUGGGGACGAAAUAGAGAUCUAG